AUGGCGGCGAAGUCACAGGCAGGGAGCAAUGAACGCGAAGGCAAGAGUUCGUCGGUGCUAGCAAGAUCCGCGUUGGGGCCUGACGAUGAAGAGUGUUCAGUGGAAGUGCAUCAUGGGGGAUUUUUCUAUGGGUCUGGUGUGGACCAGGUGUACCUGGAUGGCAAGGUUGAUUGGUUUGAUCAUAUCACAGUGGAGUACUGGUCUUUUUAUGCAGUAGAUGAGAUAUUAGUGGUGCUAGGUUAUGAUCUGGGUGUCCCGGCAUUUAAGGUCAAGAACUAUGUGGUUUACAUGGAUCAUUACAAUACAAUUGAUAGCAAGGAGGACAUUGUGUUCAAUCCAAUUGCAACCUUACCCAAAGUCAUUAGUCCUACAAAGGUGCCUAUCCCUCCUAGUACAAAUGCUGAUGAUGGUGAUGAUAGCGAAGGAAGUUCAGAAGUGGAUUUUGUUGACAGUGACUAUGAAGUUGAUGAUGAUCAUGAUGACCUAUUUUGUGAUAAUGUUGAUGAAGGAGUGGUUGAUGAGGGUGCAGCAAAGGGCAUAAUAGUCAGAGCUGGGAGCAAAAGAAAUGCCCCAACUGGCACAUACAAGGACUAA